AUGUCACGCCGCUUCGUGGCACACCGGCGCCCCCGCCCGCCGCACGACAGCACCGCCCGCCGCACGCUGCUACGCCGAGCGCAGCCGUGGGGCAAGUUCGCGGCGGAUAUCCGCGACUCAACGCACAAGGGCGCCCGCGUGUGGCUGGGCAAGUUUUUGAUGGAACAAGCAAGCUACCAAGAUAGAAAACUGAAGGCAGCAAAAGGAGCAUUUGAUGCGAGCAUCAAUUGUGGAGUAACUUUCUUUGUUACUGCUGAAGUAUACGGAGCUGGGAUAUCAGGAGCCAUAAAUUCAGAAAGUUUACUCGGAAGAUUCAUUAAGGAAAGGCAAAAGGAACAAGUCGAAGUGGCCAUUGCAACAAAGUUUGCAGCUCUUCCAUGGAGCAACAGGUGA